GGCUGAGGGUGCCCGCCGCGCCCCCCAGUGAAGCCCGGCCGAUCCUCGGGGCGGGCGCUCCCCACACGCCCCUCUCCCGGUGGGCCGGCCCGGGUGCCCGCCCCGCCCCGCCGGUAGCCUAGAAAAGCGGUGCCGGGGGCCAGGAGCUGCUCGGAGGCACCGAGGGUUUCCCCGCCGACCAUGAAGAACCCGGUGCCACAAGCGGCCUCGCUGCUGCUGGAGAAGCUGAUGCUCCUCGUCCACAUCCGUCCAUUGCCCGCGGGCUCCGGCGGGGAAACGCCACCGCCUGUACCCGGCUACUACGACACCAGCUGCUUCAAGCGAGGAGACCUGCUGGAGGUUCCCCGUACCCUCUUCAUCCACUUCGGCAUUUACCUGGGCGAGAACCGCGUCGCCCACUUGAUGCCCGACAUCCUGCCCUCCAUCACCGGCGACCGUCGGCAGAUCCAGCAGGUGGUGACCAACAAGCGGCUUAUCCUGGGCGUCAUCGCCAGGACGGCCAGCGUCCGGGUGGACACGGUGGAGGACUUCGCCUACGGCGGCAGCAUCCUGGUCAACCACAUGGACCGGCUCUUCGAGGACCAGGUGUUGGGCAGCGAGGAGGCGGCCCGCCGGGCGGAGAAGCUGGUGGGCGCCACGGCCUACAGCCUGCUCUGGAACAACUGCGAGCACUUCGUCACCUACUGCCGAUACGGAGCCCCCGUCAGCUUCCAGACCGACAAGUUCUGUGAGACCGUGAAGAUGAUUAUUCGGGACCAGAGGAGCGUCCUCGCGUCGGUGCUUGUGGGACUAGCGUCAAUAGUCUGCCUAGGUGUGGCACCCUCCACCACACUCCCCACCAUCUUCAUUCCCUUCUUUCUGUGGAUGGCUGGCUAACAGCCUUCCUGGAGUCUUCCAUCCAGCGUCUGUAAAUAGGAUGUAUACUACUGUAUUUAUGAAAGCACACAUUACUCACUGGGAUCAUGUAAAGUUUCUUAACUUUGUGCACCAUUUUAAAAUACAACUUUGUCUAGAACACGGUGCAUAAGGCAUAGCUUACUGUGUAAGCCAAAUAACAGAUUUCCUGAAAAUCUUGGUACAUUUUAACACACCUUUAAAUCAUGGAAAAAGUAGGGUUGCGAUGCAGUUCUGCUCCUUAUCAUUAGCCAAAAAUGAUUCUAAUAACAUCCUUCAUGUUCUUCAGUUGUUUAGCUGCAUACCUGGGUGCCAUAACUAUUAUUAAAAAUGGAUGAUGGAGUUCCACAAAAUUAUGGAAAUGGAGAACAAACUGCUUACCUCUUCCUUUUAUAGAUAUAGUGUAUAUUCAGAAAUUGCUGUCUCCAUUCCUAAAAUACUCCUUGGUGGAAAUGCAAGUAAAUUGACUCUUUACUGAGAGCAAAGAAGAAAAACCAACCCUGAGCUGGGUGCUGCGGGAGCACAUUUGGCCAGACGAGUUAGUUUCCCUUUGGGGAAAUGUUCAGAAAUCUGUCAUUUGCAUUAAUUGUGUAAACACUUGCUACCUUAUUGAGCAACUUUUUAAUUGGGUUAGUGAUAAGGAAAGAGGGCAAUUCCUCACCAGUUUCCCUGCCAGUGAUAGUGGCUAAUAUAAAUGGCUACUGAGGGAUUUAGGAGCUAUAGGAAGAAAUUUGCUUGCUUUAUGUCAGCUAGUGAUGUACAGAUGUUGGGACAUUUCCAACAAGCACCAAUUUAGUUCCGAUCUUGCCUCAGCAGUGGAACCUGCGUAGGUGCUGUAAAGUAUCAGGGAUCAUUUGGAGCAGUUUCUAUGGUGGCUGUAUUGUCAUUUUGGAUAUUGCCUUAAAACACUUUCUCAGUGAAAGACAACAUGUCUUCCUGUACUCAUCUCUUGUAAGUAUUCACUUUCAAGGCAGUAGCUGGUGCUAGAAACAUUUCAUCUUCAAUGCUGAGGCCUUUCAGUUUAUCAAGAAUGUGUAAAGUUGGAUUUGAAAUCGAGUUCAUGUAGGCAACUAUUUAAAUGCUAAAAACCUUUGCUACUUUUUUUUUCUUAGCAAGGUCUUUUAUGUAUGCAGAGAAAUUGUUCAGCUCCUGGAAUGCCUUGUGUGCAUAUGUGUGCUUACUUGUUCACAUGCUGUGCCUGCCUUCCUUCCUAGUUAACGGGCAAUAUGAUGGUGUCUUCACUAAAGACUCAACCCCAGAUUUACUUCUAAUGGUGUGCAGUGUCCUGCCAUCAGCUGUGUUGCUGAAAUGGCCACUUGCCCAUUUUUAGAGGGACUCCUUUUAACUGUGCUAUAAACCCACUCCUCCUUCCCCCAGACCUUGCAGAUGCUUGAAGGUUGGAUUUUUAGAACUGAGAGUGUACUUAGCUACUCUCUAAUCAUCAUCUUCUGGCUGCUCCACCAGCAUUCUCGACAAAGAAUGUAAAGACUGGGGUGAAAUUCCAGCUCAUAGGAAAGAGCAGCAUGACUCCUGCUGCCAUCAAAUAGGGGAUUUCAGCCCAGCUUUCAUAUGUUCAGUCAGCAGCCCAGCUCCGAGCAGCUGGAUAUCAAUUACUGCUGGAUCCAUGUAAACAACUUCUAUUCUGCUUUGAAAGAUUGCAAUGCUCAGUGUAACUGUUUCUGGUAAACUUUUGAAAUUAAGGUGUUUUUUAAUUAACAUGAGUUACUUUUUCAUAGCACAUGCAUUAGUAAUAUUUACAUAAACCCCAAUGUGGUUUUUUUACUUGCUGUGAAUAAGGCAUGAGCUGUAGUCAUAACUGUAAUUAUAUAAAUUUUAUUCAUUUAAAAGUGUCUACUGACCUCUUGAAAUUGAGUAUAAUGCUGUAGCAUUACUCUAAGGUAUCCCAGUAGGGCACUGAACAAGCCAUUAACAUGCAGUUACAUGGUGUCUGAUUACAGGUGGGCUUUUCUUUUACCUUUUAUUUAAUUGAGAUUUAUAAGAAUUCCAGUAAUUCUUACAAUCCACAUAUACAAUAAACAACAGGGUCAUGACCAGUAACCGAAUCACACCAUGGGACUCUUGGAAGGCAGAGAAAUGUUCCUGCUCUAGCUUCGGUAUCAAAGGACCUGUCCUCCUGCACUGCUAACACUGUGGAGAAAAAUGCAUCCAGAUUGACUAAACUGGGAUUUUCAUAGGUGUCUACAAAAGAAAUGAAAGCAGUUCCUUGCAGGCUUUCACAUGUUUUAGUAGAGAAUUUUCCUUCAGCAUAUAAAGUUUUAAACUUAUGAAAUGGUCUAGAAUGUCUUGCUGCAUCCUUUCAUCAAAGAGAAGUAAUAAUGGCAUAGGAGCAGAAAUUCAGCUGCAUGUUUAGGCAUCUUUCCUACCAACUGUAGCUCUAGCAAAGAUCUGGAAAUUUUGUUAAAGUCAGGCAUGACUCAAAUCAGUCACACUCUGAGGAGAAAAACAAGACUAACAGGCAUGAAUUUUCGUGUUCAGCUCAGCGGGUGGUGUUUGUGCUCUGAAAUAUUUUGGUAAAUGUCAGUGUCAACUUUUUUUUCUGUAAUUACUUGAGUAAAAAGAAGCACUAGCUGGAGCAUUACAUUUCAGACUUGAGCUCAACUGUGAUGCCAUUGAAAUGAAGGAGCUAGUUAUAAUAAGAAAAACACAGAGAACUGUGGAGCAGUUCAGCUGUUGGGAAAAUGUGUGUGCUUAGAAGUGAAAUUGUUCAUCGGUAACUGUAAGUGAUGGUGAUGGGGAGUGUAAAUCCAGAGCCACAGCUCAUUAUAGUCGAGACUGUUUUGAAAAGCUGUGUGGUUUAACCAGAAUAUGUAAUGAAGGAGUGUAAGGAGUGAAGGAGUAUUUCUGUGCCACUGGAAAAGGCAAGUAGUGAAGACAUCAGGGUUAAAGGAUAGAUGUUUCACUUCAGGCUUUCCAAGGAAAACAAAACUAAAAUGAGUAAGGUUCAAAAUGUUUUUAGAAAAUCCUUGUUUAAAAGAAAUAAACGAAAAAGGUAAGUUACUAAAUGAAGACAUUAGAACAUUAUGCUUUCUGGUUUUCUGUUACAUUUAUUUUAGUUUGGAACAUAAAUGAUUACUCAUUUUGUGGUGAACAGUCAUCUGCUGCUUGAUUUCACUCUGCAUUCUCCUGUGCUGAAGGAGAAUGCUACAUAUAAAUACUGUUGAGGCUUUUAAUGAAAACAAAAUCAUAGUAAUACUUGUUAAAGGCUGAAGGGGUAGGGAAGAGGGAAUUAAACUUGUGUGUGACUUGACAUGGUCCAGACAAGUUUUAGAAUGCAAAAUGCAGCAACAAGAAACAUCAGAACUGUGAUCUCCAGAAAUUAUAUGGUGCUGUAUUACUUGUUGCAUGUUCUCACAUUAAAUAAAGCAUCACACACCACUGGA